AGGCUGUAUGGAUAACUGCUCUCGCCCCAUAUGUAGUUCUUAUAAUUUUGCUAGCAAGAGGAGUAUCACUUCCUGGCGCUGCUGAGGGGAUUAGAUAUUACUUAACGCCAGAAUGGCAGAAAUUAUAUAAUUCGAAGGUGUGGAUUGAUGCAGCUUCCCAAAUCUUCUUUUCCCUAGGUCCAGGAUUUGGAACCUUACUAGCUCUAUCGAGUUACAAUAAAUUCAAUAAUAAUUGCUAUAGGGACGCCAUUUUAACCAGUAGUAUCAAUUGUUUGACCAGUUUUUUGGCUGGUUUUGUGAUUUUCUCCGUUUUGGGUUAUAUGGCUCACGUGCAGCACAAAAGUAUCGAACAAGUAGGAUUAGAAGGGCCUGGACUAGUGUUCAUAGUUUAUCCAGAAGCGAUAGCCACAAUGAGUGGAUCAGUCUUUUGGUCAAUAAUAUUCUUUCUGAUGCUUAUUACCCUGGGUCUUGAUAGUACCUUCGGUGGCUUGGAAGCUAUGAUAACAGCUCUAUGUGACGAAUAUCCAAAAGCUCUUGGAAGACAUCGAGAAACGUUUGUUGCAUUCUUACUGUUUGGUAUUUACAUUUGUGCCUUGCCAACAACUACUUAUGGUGGAGUUUAUUUAGUUAAUAUGUUAAACGUGUAUGGUCCAGGUUUAGCAAUUCUCUUCGUUGUAUUCGUUGAAGCAGCGGGAGUCUGUUGGAUCUAUGGAACGGACAAUUUUGCUAGAGACAUCGAAAAAAUGAUAGGGCAUAAACCAGGAAUUUUCUGGAGGAUAUGUUGGAAGUACAUAAGUCCUGUUUUUAUUUUGAUAAUUUUUAUAUUUUCACUCGCCAGUCAUGCCGAUAUGUUGGGGACGGAAUAUCAUUAUCCAGAUUGGAGUUUGAAUGUUGGUUAUGCCCUUACAGCAUCUUCCAUUUUAUGCAUACCUGUCUAUAUUAUAUAUAAAUUUGCCAUUACACCAGGAAAUUUCCUACAGAGGUGGAAGAUGAUAUGGCAAGCUGAGCACUCAUCUGAAAAUAGUACUCUUACCUACUGUGGGGGUACCGAAGUGUGACCUGAAAAUCUUUCCAAUUCCUAUACCAUCGAAUGGUUAGUGUAAAUCUAGGAUUACUACUUGUAGAUAGUUUAUUUAUUGUAGGAAUUAUUCAUUUUUAAUAAAAUAAGGCAAGAUACCAGCCAUAUCUUGUCGAAUUUUAGGGUUUCAAAGGAAUCACGCAUAUUUAAAAUAGAACCAUUAUCAAAAUUUUAAUAUAAGAUGGAUUGAUUAAUUAAUAAAUAUUUAGGUAAAGUGAAUACAAGGAAAAAUACUGUCAAAUUAGAGAACAAUAUAACAGUAUUUACAUUUGUUGCUUUUACUUUUGUCUACCAGAUG